AUUUGUUAGCAAAAAACUUUGUUGUGUGUAGUUUGCACUAAGCAUUUACAGCAAAGCAACUCGGAGCAGGAGCACUGCAGCAUGGGACUCAGCUGCUUCAAGUCCUGGAAAAAUGACAGUACAGGCUACAAAGGUAACAGAGACGUGUUGGCCAGCCCGGGCUCAUAUUUCUUCCUGUCUAACAGUGCCGGUCAGGGUGAUGAGUGGCUGAAGAGCCUCAACAAGGGAGUCUGGAUCCCUUUUACAGGGGUUUUUGGUCAGCGUCUGGAGGAGACAGUGCUGUAUGAGCGACGUUAUGGGAUGCGUUUGGUUCCACUGGUGGUGGAGCAGUGUGUCACCUUCAUCCGGGACCAUGGCCUGCAUGAGGUGGGCUUGUUCCGCCAGCCGGGACAGGCCAGUCUGGUCAGAGAGCUACAGGAAGCUUUCGAUGCAGGGGAGAGACCAUCGAUUGACAGCAGUAGCACAGAUGUCCACACUGUGGCAUCACUGCUGAAGCUUUACCUCAGACAGCUGCCGGAGCCUCUGGUUCCUUACAGCUACUACCAAGACUUCCUGCUCUGUGCACAGAAGCUGAAGAGUGACCGUACAUUGGGUUUAGGGGAGUUGAGGAAUCUUCUUAGUGGGUUGCCAUUUGCCAACUUCAACCUACUCAACUUUAUUUGCCAAUUUCUAAAUGAGGUCCAGAGUUACUCUUAUAGUAACAAGAUGAAUGACCAGAAUUUGGCCACUGUGUUUGGGCCAAACAUCCUCCGAGCCAAAGCUGAAGACCCACAAAGCAUUAUGGGAGGUGCAGCUUUGGUCCAUGUGCUGAUGUUGGAGUUGAUCAGAGAGCAUGAAUCUCUGUUUGCCAAAAUCCCACCACCCAUGUCCACCCGUCUACCUGGAGGUUCACAUGCAUCACCAAAUGCUCUGAGGCAGCCUCAUCUUCACUCGUUGCCCUACCUUCGCCAGAUGUCUCUGCCUCUCAUUGCAGACAGCUCCAGAGAUCCUGGACAGCCCAACAGAGAUACACAGAACCCCAGGUGUAUCCAUUCAACUGCAGCCAAAUCAGACUUGUCCUCUGGCCAAAAGAGGCUUCUUGGCCAUCGCUACACCUCCUCCCACCCAGAGAACUGCUUCUAUCCCCUUCCCUCCUCCAGUCAGCCCCUUCAACACCACUCUGACAGACACAACAUAGAUUAUCACCAGCACCAAGGACCAUCUUCUGUAAAUGUUCAGGCCUCUACAACCAGCCUCCAACAACAAGAAACACUGCCAGAUAACUCCAAGCCAAGAUGGAUGCUUGUUGGCUUGGCGAAGGUCUGGCCAGGCCCAAAAGAGGCUGGUACUGGGUUCAGGAGUUCCAGUGCUGCAGAAAAAGAAGGUACAGUCAGUGGAGGCAGCAGUGAGGCUCAGGAGGACAGCACCCCUUCUGCCUAUGACAACCUAGAGAGAGUGUCUUUAUGUAAGAGGAUGGACGACGGCACCUAUGGACAUUCUGAGACCAAUGACCUAGUAGGCCAUAUUGGAAAUUGUGAAGAAGAGGCAGAGCUAGAUGAGGCGAGACAGACAAGGGACUCCUCCUCUUCAUGGUCCUCCUGUGAGGUUCUACCAUUGGACGAGAGUGAUUCUGUGGGGAUUGUUAGUCCUGACGUGUCACCUGAGAGACUGAGAAAGUUAUCUUCACGUUUGCUUGCAGAAGAGGAACACAUUGAUGAUGAUCCUGAAGACAAAAACUACGGUGAUAAUGAUGAAGAUGACAACAAUAAUGAUGGUGAUGAUGAUGUUCACCACUCUAACUCCCUGGCCUCCUGUUCUGUACCCAGUGACAGUCCUCUCAGUACGGGCAGCUCAGAUGUGUUCCUCCCCCCUUGUCCUCCAGACACUCAGGGUCCUGAGCCUCAGUCACAGUCCAGCGAUGCUCACUCACUCCUGGCUGAACUACAACAGCAGAUGGCCAGGCAGAAAGCUGAGUACCAGGCCAGGAUACAGAGGUUGGAGCGCUGUAAUGACUUCCUUGAGCGGCAGGUUGCAGUACUGCGGGUCAACCUGGAACAGCAGAAGCGCAGCCAAAGUGUUGCCGAAAUCAAGAUUCGCAACAUGAAACGUGCCAAAGCUGAUGCCGACCACCGAAACACCACGCUGCAAAGGGAGAUGGAGCUGUUCUUCCAGAUGUAUGGAGAGAUCAGACGAAGAGGAGGAGACAAAGGAGGAAGAAGAGGGAGUCUCUGAAAAUGGAUAGAAAGGGAGAGAGAGCAUAACUGUUUAAAGUGUAUAGAUAUGUCACAGGGGCAUUAGACAGGGAGGUUUGUGGAACAGAGCUUGAUGAAAGGGAUUGAUAAAUAAACAGUGUGAAAGAGGGAGUGUAAGAUGAUCUUAACAUGAGAUCCAACUCCUCUGAUCUGAACAUUAAGGCAACAUAUCCUAAAGGAAAAUAGUUUGGGCAAGAAAAGAAAAAUAGCAGGCAAUCUAAAGAAAUAAGUUGAGUCAUUUUAACCGGUUAGCCUCAGACCGAGCUGGUUAAGUUCACCACUUCCAGAAGAAGACUAGAAAGUCAGAGGUAACAUAUUAUUCAAAAUAUACCCAGGCCUUUUCUGAGAAACUAAAUUCCAUUCCGAGCUGGUAAUUAGUAUUGUAAAGCAAACCCGGUGCAGAAUUUCAAGAUAUCAGAACUUAUGCAUUGAUUAGGCUACACAUUUUUGUCACAGACUGCUGUUGUGUGGUCACAGCGGUUGACAACCUACAAAACCUACCUACACAACUGUUAUCAGGUAAGAUACAUUGAUUACAAUAUUAUUGCAGUUGACGAGACCUGCAACUGGAGUUCAAAUGCCAGGAUUCCAGCGCAGAGUCAGUCUAUUGGUGUUUUGUGGCCACAUAACAAAGGGAACACUAGCUCUGGUCUAUACCCUCUUUAUGUUACUGUAUAUUGUUUUAAGAUGUUUGCCGCCCCCCCUCCUACAGUGUUAAUGUGCACUGCUCAGGCUAUCUCAGACUUGUUCCCCAGGACACUCUCAGCAACAAGUGCAUUUUGUUUCUGGCAGCUUUUGAUGUUUAGGGUCACAGCAACUGGGGCAGUUCAUAGUCUGGUCAAGGUGGGUCUCAAGAGCAACUGGGACUAUGGGAAUAAGUGUGGAUUCCCUUAUGAGAAAAUGGUUUUCAGUUUGCUAUCAGUCUGGGACAGGUAAAUCAUGGCCAAGUGUGUGUAGUCUGCAUCAAGUUUGACAGAGGUAAAGGCUUUGAUUUUCUACCAUCUUAAUACAAUAACAAUCCUUCAAGUUAGAAUCCAAUGUGGGAAUUUCAGAUUCAAAAAUUAAAUUUACAAUACAAAAAGUGUUGAUAAAGUUAAGGGGCCUGAACAUUCUGGAUCCACGGUACAUUACUUGAGAGAAUAUUUAUAAAAAAUAAAGGUAUCCUGUUGUGCUUUGUCAAACACAGGGGAAUCUGUUACUAAAAAACAAAUUUUCCUUCUAGAAAUAAAACACUGACUCUUGUUUUUAUGAUGAGAAUGUAACAUUUAUGUUCAAAGUCUAAACUGUUCUAGCAGAGAAAAACUGUACAGAGACUGUCAAGGGUUACAUCUCAAUCUCCAACUAGAAAAGAAUAGUGGAACAGAAAUAGUAAUUCAGUCAGUCUGAAGUACAGUUGCACUGAUGAGAUCGACACCUGAUGCUCAAACCAAGGAGAUAUUCAAAGGGAACAUGGUCACACUUCAACACAAAGCACUUGUGAACACAAAGCUUUAAACAUGACAAAAUAAACAGAUUAGAAACAGUCAUAUUUACAGUGGUUUUUUUUUCCUGUACCCGAAUUUAGAAGAGUUCACUCAGGAUGAAAAGGACCAUAUCAGCUAACACCACAGCAGAGUUACACAUGGCAAAUUAAAUGGACUUGAAAUUUUUACUCCAUAAAACAGAAACUCUAUCACUCCCGGCUUACACAUGGGAUCUAUUACAAGCAAAUAGACCAUCUAAUAUUUAAAGUGCAAAAUUAGCUACAUUUCAUUUAACAGGUGAACUGUAGCACUCCAUUACGCUUUGCUAAGCUUUCUUACAAAAACCUUGUAUAAAAAAAA